GUGAAGCUGGAGUGAAGUGGCUGGACACGAGGCCAGAGAGCCGCGUGAAGCCUGGGAGCGAAGCCUGGAAGCGAAGCCUCAGGCCAGUUGGAGUGAACGACUAAACUCUAGCGAGGGAAGAAGGUUCCAGCAAGGCUCUUUUCUCUAUUUUUCUUUCGUGGGAAGUAAAGGCCUUUCGCGUGCCGUGGGAGGUGUUAUUGCAGGCAACGAGAGCCAAGAACUUCGUAGGUUCUGCAAGUCAGAUGUGUCAAGGGGAUUCUUUAUUCCUUUUUUUAAGUAUACGGAGGAAACUGUCAUCAGAAAAGGCCACCUGAUCAUUCCCAUCACUUCAUAAGAAAUAGGAUACAAGAAAAGAAAAGGAAUUCACAGCAGACCGACUGCACACUUCCGUCUCCCUUCGCGUCUGUGAGCCGACUGACCGUCACGCCUGCGUUGACCCUGUUGUAGGAAGCGCCAACGCCCUCUGUGCCCGGGCCUGAGCCUGGUGCCGUGCCAAAUAACAAUUUCCGGGACAGCGACCUCCACGUCCUAGUGAAGAGUUAAUAAACAAAAAUAUUGUCCUAGUGGGCCGCCUUGGAAUACGCCUGCAAAAAAAAUCAGGUCUGAAAAACCUGGAGCGCGAGUAAUGCUUCCCCCGUUGGUGACGUCACGGCGCUGCGAAGAGUACGGUACAUAACUGCCAGGCAUCGCUAGUCAUACAAUCGCACUUAUAUUUUGUAAUUCACUACCUGUUACACGAUAAGUAAUAGAUCAUAAAACAAAAGCAAAAAACGCGAAAGAAGCCUUUAGAUCUCUUGGACCCGAGAAAAAAAAAAAACACAAUCGGCAGCCUCCCGCGCGGCCACCGAGGUGAUCUCUAUGCGACAGUCAGCUGUAAGCCGUCAGUUGGCUCUGAACCGCUGAGCUCGGCGUAACACCUUCGCCGGAUCCAACACUUUCUCUUUUUCUCAAUCCUUCUCUAAGGCAGGCGAGUGUCACGCGGUGCAGGGAGGUAUCCUUAAUUCUCUUAUCAGAAACGACCCGCGGUGUUAUCACCUCGCGGUUUCAACUCCACCUUUCCUUCCCCGCGUGUACGUGAGCCGAUAAGUGAAACAAUAAGGAAAUUUAAAGAUUUGUGUGUCUUUCCCGAACCAGAUCCGAGGAUUUACAUGAGUGCAUAAAAUAGGGUGUAUGUUCCAACAGCAGUGAGAAGGGAAUUAUCAAUCUAACAUUACUCCUCUGAUAUAGUUGUAAUUGAUUCUGAUAAACAAAAUUAAUUCGUGAGUGCAGAAUGACCACGAGUUCCCAGUCAUAGAAGACAAAACGAGAAAAGUUUCCAUCUUUUAUCGGCAUUCGUCGCGACCAAGAUCCGAAGUCCACAAUGGCACCCAACUUGCCCCUCGACUCCCUGUGGCACGACAGCGAUGAGAACACGAGCCACGAGGCGCUCGACGUGCCCGGGGCGGUGCCGCAGGUGCCGGAGCUCUUCAGCCCGCACCUCCCGCAGCACUUUCAGGACCCUGACAGUCCCAACCUCCACCUGCAGCAGCAGUUCGCACGGCAGAGUGUGCCUCCGGCUUCCAAGCCUCGCCCAAGAUCCACUCUGAGGGCCUUCGUGCCCACUCAGACACCACCCUCAAGCACAAGCAUUUCUGGCGGAGGUGGAGGCGCCCUCGCGGGUGGAGGAACUGCGGGCGUCAACACUCCUCGCGGCGGCGACGCAUCGAGGGUGGUGCCGGCGAACAGCGACACGAGGAACCCUCGCUUCCCCGCCGUGACGCACCUCCGCGGCGCCGACGGCAGCGUCCCAGGCCUCACCACCGACGCUGUGAAUUUCGACGUCAGCCAGAGGACUCCGCUCGCUUCUGGCAAGUGCCCCGGGGGGUCCACAGGGCGCUCGCCGCCCCGCGAUUAUCCGCGGCCAGGGAUCCUCGCUUCCUGAAGGUGUCUCC